CACAUUGCUUCGCAUUCCUAGUGACUGGUCUGUUGCGAAUUCAGUCUCCACGACUGCGUCGUUGUGUGCACGUUUCCCGUUCUCGUCGUCUUCGCUCUUUGCAUCUUCUGUCGGUCGACCGCACGCGUUCUGCGGAUUCAUCAGCACGUGUGCCAGGCGUUGGGGAUUCUCGAGCCGUGCUGAUUUUCUAGCUUACCUGAUUAUCGAGCCUUGAUUCUCCACCACUGCCGAUUCUUCAGCAUUGAGCAGACGCGGCGCGAUGGCGGAGAACGAGUGGCUCUCAGGGUACCUGGAUGCAAUCUUAGAGCGCGGAGGCCAGCCGAUGGACACCGACAAGAAAGAACGGCUGGAUUUGUCGGAGAUCAAAGGCCGGAGCGGCACAGCCGUCCGAUACUUCGUGAAUGAGAUCAAGGAUUCGAGCGAGGAGGAGCUGCAUCGCACGUGGAUGAAGGCGACAGCUAUGAGCGACGAGAAAGGGUCUCGCAUGGAGAAUUUCACCUGGCGAAUCUGGCACCUGUCGCGGCAGAAGAAGCAGUUGGAGCAGGAGGCGUGGCGCAUGAAGCAGCAGCAGCAGCACGACAAGGAGGAAGCGGAGAUGGACAUAGAGGAGGAGGACGGCCCGGACUCCCAACAGGACGCCGACGCCCUAUCCCUGGCUGACGCGGGUGCUGACGUGGACAAGGCCGCGGAUGACCUGCUGGAUUCCAGUGCCAACGUGGCAGCGGCUCAGGCCGCUGCAGCGAAGGCAGCAGCAGAGAAGGAAUCGAGGGGGGGGAGGGAGAACCAGCAGCAGAGGGAGCAGCAGAGGGAGGUGCCUGCUGGUGCGGGGUUGGCUGCGGAGGCCCCUGGAAGAGACCCGUUUGAAUUUGGGCCGGAGAAGAGGCUCUAUAUUGUCAUGAUCAGCAUCCAUGGCUUGGUCCGGGGAGAAAACAUGGAGCUGGGGAGAGACUCGGACACAGGAGGCCAGGUCAAGUACGUGGUGGAGAUAGCUCGAGCCCUGGCCUCUAUGCCUCAGGUGUAUCGUGUGGAUCUGCUCACCCGCCAGAUCGUGGCUCCCGGGGUGGACUGGUCGUACGGCGAGCCGUCUGAGAUGAUCAGCUCGCUCCGCUACGACCCUGAUGGCAUGAUCUCCGGGGAGAGCGCCGGGGCCUACAUCAUCCGCCUGCCCUGCGGGCCCCGGGACCAGUACCUGAAGAAGGAAGCGCUGUGGCCUUAUGUUGAUGAGUUUGUGGACGGCGCUCUGACGCACAUCAUGCACAUGUCAAGGGAGCUGGCGGACCAGAUCGGGGACGGGCAGCGUGUGUGGCCGUACAUGAUCCACGGGCACUAUGCUGACGCUGGGGACAUGGCUGCUUUGCUCUCAGGUGCACUGAACGUGCCCAUGGUGCUAACUGGCCACUCCCUCGGGCGCAACAAGCUGGAGCAGCUGCUGAAGCAGGGCCGCAUGAGCCGCACUGAGAUCAACGCUCAGUACGCCAUCGACCGCCGCAUCGAGGCGGAGGAGUUUUCGCUCGAUGCAGCGGAGCUGGUGGUGACGAGCACGCGGCAGGAGGUGGAGGAGCAGUGGGGGCUGUACGACGGCUUUGACGUGCGCCUGGAGCGUGUGCUGCGCGCCCGCCAGCUCCGCGGGGUUAGCUGCCACGGCCGCUUCAUGCCGCGCAUGGCCGUGAUUCCCCCCGGCAUGGAUUUCUCCAAUGUGGUUGUCCCAGACAUUGACUCCUGUGAUUCUCCCGGCCCCGAACCACCCAUCUGGGCGGAGGUGCGCAAGUUCUGGUCCAACCCCCACAAGCCCAUCAUUCUGGCUCUGGCCCGUCCCGACCCCAAGAAGAAUCUCACCACGCUCGUUAGGGCCUUCGGGGAGUGCCAGGCGCUAAGAGAUCUGGCGAAUCUGUGCUUGGUGAUGGGCAAUCGCAGCGACAUUGAUGCCAUGAGUGCGGAGAACGCAGAGGUGCUGACCACGGUGCUGAAGCUGAUCGACAAGUACGACCUGUACGGGCAGGUGGCCUACCCCAAGCAUCACAAGCAAGCUGAAGUGCCGGAUAUCUAUGCGCUCGCUGCCAAAUCGAAGGGUGUGUUCGUGAAUCCAGCCCUUGUGGAGCCGUUCGGCCUCACUCUCAUCGAGGCAGCAGCGCAUGGCCUUCCCAUGGUGGCAACCAAGAACGGCGGCCCAGUCGACAUCCAAAAGAUGCUGAGCAAUGGCCUGGUAGUGGACCCUCACGAUGCCAACGCUCUCGCGUCAGCGCUCCUGCAGCUGGUGGCGGACCGGGGCCUCUGGAACGACUGCCGCAAGUCAGCCCUGGCCAACAUCCACAAGUACUCCUGGCCGCAGCACUGCGCAUCCCUCCUCACGCGCGUGUCCCAGUCACGUCUGCGCCACCCCGUGUGGCGGGCAGCAGCGCUCUUCGACCAGGUGGCCGCCUCCUCGUCUGCCCACAACACCGGCCUGCAGUCCGACUCCCUGCGGGACAUCCUAGACCUCUCCCUGCGCCUCUCCAUGGAUGGGAAAUUCUGGGGCGGGGGGUCCUUCCAAGGGGGGUCUAUGGAUCUCUCUUUCAUGCUCGAUAGCCUCGGGGUUGUCAGGCCGGAUGGGCGGUCCGCUAGUGGCUAUGCGGCUGAUUCUGCUGGUGUUGGUGGUGUAGGGGAAGGGCUGGGGCCGGGAGCAGCGCUGGGGUUGCCCAGCAGGCAGGGGAACUACUCCUUCACUGGGGGUAUGUCGUCGGAAAGUGCUGGGCGGUACUGGGAAGGGGUGGGAGGGCCGGGGCGGCUGCAGGGGAUGAUAGAAGAAGCGGAGGACGGAUCAGCUGGAGCAGGAGCAGGAGCAGGGGGGGAGAAAGGGUCUGCAGCAGGAGCAGCAGCAGCGGCUGCAUUUGAGGGGCUCAGGCUGCGUAGGAGGCGCCGGCUGAUCGUAGUAGCAGUGGAUGAAUACGACCCUGUUGGCCGGCCGGGCUCGUCUGUUCUCGAGUCUCUCUGCUCCGCCCUCGAAGUGGCAUACCGGCACAACACGGGGACGCUAAGGGAGCGUGUUGUAUGGGGUAUGGGCCCGGGCGGGGAGAUAGGCGUGGUCUUGGCGACUGCACUGACAGCAAGGGAGACUGUGGCUCUGCUAGGGGCAGCGGGAGUGGGGCUUCGGCAGCUAGACGCUCUGAUUGCUGGGGGAGGGAGUGAGGUGUACUACUCUGUACCAUGCUCCACCGCAUCAGAUCUUGGAGCAGCAGCGGAUGCAGGGGCAGGUGGGGGAAUAGGGGCAGGAAUGGUGGCAGGGAUGGCCACUCUGGAGGACAGGGAAGGCUGGCAGUUGCUCCCGGAUCCGGAUUACUUUGCGCAUAUCGAGUAUCGAUGGAGUGCGGAUGGUGUGCGCAGGUCCAUGGGGCGAGUCCUGGCGCACGCUAUAAGGGGUACAGCCGGUGGGGCUGUUAGCGCGGCCACUACACCUCCUGCUGCUGCGUCCGGUGGCGUUUUCCCACCGUCUGCAUUGGCCCUGUCUGGCGCUAAUGGCUCUGCUUCUGCUGCAGCAGGGGAACCACACAGCACCGGUCUUCACCCCGCUGUAUCUGCUGCGGAUGAUGACGGCUUUGUCCGUUCAAUCUCCCUAUCAGACGGGCUGACAGCGAUCUCCUCUGAGCCUGCGGCUGCUCCGGCCCGCACAGCCAUCCCUGGCAGCAAGAGCGUGACUGGGAACAGGCUGGGGGGCGUGGGGGCGGGAUCGAGGGGCGUGGGGGGUGGGUUGCUGCUGCAGCAGCAGCAGCUGCUGGCGGUGCAGCGGGUGUGUGUGGAGGAUGACUUGAGGACCACCUCGAGGCGACUGGCUUACCGGGUGCUGGACAUUGCUCAGAUGCCCACAGCAGCUGACUUGCGCCGUCGCCUGCGCCUACGUGGCUUGAGGUGCCACGUGGGCUACUGCCGUGGUGCCACGUGUCUUCACAUCCUGCCUCUCCACGCGUCGCGCUCACAGGCCCUCAGGUACCUUUGUGUCCGCUGGGGAUUGGAGCCCGCUGACCUGGCAGUGAUCGUCGGCAGUCCAGCUGGCGCUGACGGGGACUACGCCCAGCUGCUGUCAGGCAUGCACCACACACUAAUCUUGGAGGCCCCAGCUGACGUGUCACAGCAGCAAGCAGCAGGAGCAGGAGCAGCAGGGGGGCCUACAAUAGGAGUUGAUCCCUUUGCGGAGUAUAGGCGUAAGCUGCUGCAUGAGUUUGUGCCGCGCCCCGAUGUGCAGCUGCCGAAUCUGGUGAAUGUGGAGGAUUCGAAGGACAAGGUGGCAGCGCUGGCUGGAGCCCUGGAGAAGAUCGGGUUUGCGUAGACGGUUGAUCUGUUCUGGGGCAUUGGAGUGGGAAGCUGCUGUAUGGGUUUGUGCCUCGCAGCAUCAUGCAUGCAGCUGCCGAAUCUGGUGAACAUGGAAAAUUCCAAGGACAAGGUCGCUCGACAAGAUAGGGUUCGCUUAAUGGCUGGUCGGUUACGUGUGGCAGGCAGCUGCUGCACGAGCUAUGCUGCGCAGUGAACUGCAUAUGCCUGGUGUGGAGAACGUGGAAGUUGGAAGGGAUGAAGGGGGCAGGGAUUUAAGUGGCAGCUCUGGCUGGAAGUUAGGGCCGGAAUAAGUAGGUUUUGUGUCGACUGUUACUCUGUUACAGGAAGAUGUGGCUGCACGAGUUUGUUCUGCAACCAAUACAACCUUGGAGGGAGAAGGGUUUGCAUAAGCAAAUGCUUUCUUUCCCAUGGGUUUUCUACCCUCCCUUCUUUCCCUUCCCUGGUGGUGACUGUUGUUGUGUUGAUAUAUCUGUGUCUUUCUUUCCCAAAACCAAGGAUAGCAUCUUGGUGG